ACGCGGUCUAUCAACAGAAAAACCGCAAUUCAGACGGUGAAAAAAAGAGGAAGUGACAAGUUGUGCAGUGUAUCGGAAGCUCACGAUGAAACUCAUUCUGUUGGAGAUGCAGUGGUCGAUGAGGAAGUUCUCACAGUUGUUCGAGUUCUCAGUGUCGUCGGAUCGCGUGCACGCUUCGAUGGUUAUUCAAACGGUUUGAAGGAUUUCGAUAACGAGUGCACUCGCAAAGUGUUUACAAAAUUGUAAACGUGAAAGUGUCCUUAAGGAAUAAUGUUGCAAGUGCGUUCAGGCUGCAGAUAGAGUGUUCCGAAGGAUUAUCAAAGGUGUGCAAAGAGUGCACGAUAAGUGUCACCGCGCAUGGUGUACCAAAGGAAAUAAAGAACGCACAGGCGGUGUUUGGAUUGUUGAUGCAGUCUUUAUAGCGCGUCCUGAAAACAUCGGCGUUGGAAAGAAAUGGGAAACCAUCCAUCCGCCCACCAACCGCUCGAAAGAGCUACCAGCCAUGCUGGAAAUGGUCUUCGCCUCUCGCGUGAGAGGUCACCGGGAAAGAGAAUGGAUCGGCUGCGACGAAGCUUUCGCGAUAGCUUCCGGCGGCGGAAAGAUCCUCACGUACCGGAAUCCAGUAAACCCCAUCAAUGGCAGGCGGAUGAAACUGCUGUUCGUUCGGCGACAUGCGCUUUCCAUGUUAAGUACCUGGGAUGUGUCGAGGUGUUCGAGUCAAGGGGCAUGCAAGUAUGCGAGGAAGCCCUGAAAGUACUUAGAAAUUCAAGACGUCGACCUGUACGAGCAGUGCUACAUGUAUCAGGCGACGGCUUGCGGGUUGUUGAAGAUGAAACUAAGGGACUAAUCGUCGAUCAAACGAUAGAGAAGGUUUCCUUUUGUGCACCGGACCGAAAUCAUGAGAAGGGAUUUAGUUACAUUUGCAGGGAUGGAACGACUAGGAGGUGGAUGUGUCAUGGAUUCUUAGCAUUGAAGGAAUCGGGAGAACGAUUGAGUCAUGCAGUAGGCUGUGCUUUCGCCGCGUGUCUGGAGAGAAAACAGCGGAGGGACAAAGAAUGCGGUGUCACGAUGACGUUCGAUUCAAAAACUUCGACGUUCACGAGGAGCGGUAGCUUUAGACAACCGAGUCUUACGGAACGAUUGCAGGAUUCACGCGAACGUGCUGUAGAUGUACCUCCGGUAAAGCAGGUUUACAACCCAUUUGCGAUCGAAAGACCACACGCCACCUUGUCGAUGCUCGAACGACAAGGUUCCUUCCGUGGUUUCACGCAAUUGAAUCAAGCAUCUCCAUUUAAGAGGCAACUUAGUUUACGAAUCAAUGAUCUCCCUAGUAACCUUGAACGAGCUCGUAGCCACAGUCUCGAACCAACUGAUUUAUCAAGAAUGCCAUCCAGUAUGUCUCAAGUUGUACCUUCGAAACCGUCAGUAAGUCCAAUACCGGAAAUAUCGCCUGGAGGUCAGGAUAGUGUUUCAGCUAUGUGUCAGCAGCUUUCGCGAGGGCUUUCCCUUCUUUCGAGUAGCGAUGAUUUUGGCCCAGUGCCUAGUCGUGGUAGUGCAAGCUCUGUAGCUAAACAGCUCUUCACAGGCUCUACCAGUGACACUCCACCAGUAACGAUUAGCAGCUCGCUGGAUGAGUUGAAGCUACAAAAUGGUCCCAGUUUCAACAACAACAACAACAACCAUAACAACAACAAUAAUAACAAUGAUAAAAACGAUGAUCUCAAUAAUUUAAACGAUGGAUCUAGCUGGCAAGAAUCCCCGUCGUCUUCGAGUCGUAAACUCACGCCGACUAGAAACAAAGCUGCUAAUCACAGCCCCGUACCUCCAAGAACAAGUGCACCCACCCCGGUUAUGAUGAACGUCUCAGCAGCUGCUAACACUGUUGGUGUAUUUGGUACACCACCAUUAGCCAAUUCAGCCUUUAGCUCAGUAUCGACGUCCUCUUUAGGAAGUACAUCCACACCUGCUGCGAAUACAUCGAUACUGGUCAAUUCUGGAAUUACUUCGGUAACACCAGUGACCAGUACCACGUCCAUUUUACCGGCCCUACCUAGUAGUGUGACUCCUGAUGUUAGCCAAAUCAAUCAAAUUGCGGUUUCGAAUACUAUUCCUACGCCGGCGGUUCAGCCAGUUGCAAUGACAAUGCCAUUGCCGAAGCCAGAGCAAUGGCUGGGUAGUAUAACCAGCUCGGUACCAUCUUCAGUGCAAUCUUCUUCGCAAGGACAAACAAGUCCUCGACGAGCACCAUCGCUUCAUGCAAGAGCUCUGUCUUUGGGAUCUGCCGCGAUGGGACCAAUCACCAGGAGUGGCACAUCAGAUCCGUUCGAUGCUGAAUGGGCAGAAAUUGCAGCGAAAAAUCUGCAACAGUCCAACGCAACGAAUCCCUUCGUUAUGCCAAACGCAACGCAAGCGUUUCAAGUGCAGUUGUAGCAUCAGGAGUUUGUUAACAACGUUGUCAAGUUCUUUCGCUCGAGCACGUAAUGAGAACUGCACGGUCCAGUCAAAAUGCUAUACAUUAAUUGUAUAGUCUUUGUUGCAUAGUAAUUAUGUUCGUCGAAUGUAAUCUCAAUGAAAAAGAGGCCAUUUUGAAGAAAUGUUCAAUACUGAUGAUGAUGCGACGGUGAGCGUGCACAAAACGCGUAUUCCUAAUGUCGUUUAGGGUAGAUGACGCACACAGCCUCGAUAAUUUCAAGAUUAAAUAUACAGGAACGAAUGAAAACGAUGGGAUCCUAUGUUGAUCGUUAGGAACGAAAUGAUUAGAUUCGAAAAUUCAUCGGUUAAUCAAAUAUACACAAUGUUCUAGGUAUCAAUGCACUUAUUCGCGGAGCAAACUAGACGUUGUUGAUAACGCUUGACCCUCUCAGAAGUUAAGCUGAUCAAUUUCAUUUUCUAUGAAUUUAGCGUGAACAAUGUUUUUAAAUGUAUUUAUUUGUAUGCGUUUACAAUUUGUAAUAUACAACUUAUAGUUGAAAUAAUUUACUGUAUAAUACUUGUUCGUUCGUAUGUUUCAAACUAAAGUAAGUUAAUCAAUUAUCGUUUAAGUUAAUCAGUUUGACUUCUAAGAGGCUCACUUAAAUGUCUAUUACGAUGUACUUAACGAAGUAUACAAAUAAUAUUGAGUAGUAUAGGUUAGAAAAGAUUAAUAUCAUUCCUGCACGAAGAAGCCAAAAUUAUCACGCACCCAAGGUUAUUCAGCCGUCUAUAAUAUGUCGCCGAGCAAGAACAAAUAUAAAAAAGCAAAAAAACCUGUGUCGGAAUAUGAAAUAAGUAGUUUAGUCUAGUUGCAAUUAACCACGUAACUUUACGUGGCGCGAAAUGUUAUUUUUUAUUUAAACGAUUGAUAAGUGGAAAAAUUCUGUCUAUCUCGAAGAAUUCAAAAUUGACGAGUUCUUGUAGGUAUGAGAAUUAGGAAAAGAAAAACAAAAUCGUAAAAAUGACUGAAACAUUGGAUGAUGGACGCGUGAAGGUGGCCAGUACUUAAAUUGAACGACUGUUCCGAAUUUGCUUAUUUAGAAAAACAAUGGAAGCGUUUAUGAGCUUGGGUAGCACAAACUAUAUCAUUCGUUAAUCAGCAGGAUAAUUAUACGUGAAUAUGUUACACAAAAGAAAUGAUGGCGCCAACGAGCGCACUCUCCCACACACGCACAUGGUACUUAAGCAAAAAAUGUUGAACUUUUUAGAGUCAAAUAUGUAUUACGCUAUUGUCUAGUAUUAAUGCAUUGUCUAGUAUUGUACAUGCAAGCAAGUCAAGCGUUUAUCGUGAACCGCUCUGUGAGGGUACGACAGCGCGUAAAAGCAUUGAUGGUCCACGUUCGUGUAGGGCACGCAUGAGGUGCUUUCGCAUUAAAUGAAAAAUGGAUAGAGUAAUAUUUAUGAUAGCCGUUUCACGAGGCAACACGGAAAUAACGUUUUAUGUAAAGUUAUAUGAUAUUGCCAAUUGUUAUAGCGUUAUGUCAGUUGUUGAAUGAUUGCGGAGAGACGAGAACAUUCUCCAUUUUUGACGUAACGAUAAAUAUGAGGAUUGAGGUUAUACAUAUCUUAAAGUUCGUUUCUUUUUGUUAUGUAUCUACGCUCUUGGUUAUUUCGAAAUGUAAUUAAUGACAGUCCGUUGCAACGCAUGAACCUCGUUUUGGAUAUUCUUUUCUUUUUUGAGAAAUCAUAAUUUUUAAAGGAAACAAACUUUUUACAUUAUUGAUGAUGUUUAUUCGAACGAAAUAUAGAUUAUUUACACUGUUUCUCUCAUUUCUUAAACGUGUAAAAAUGCGUUAGCGUAAAAAAAUUGAAAAGUGCCAUAAGACAUGUGAGGGGCAACGAUUAUUUUCAUUUUGGUGUUUUUUGUUUUACUUAAGAAUAAUUGAAUUCGAUGAUCUUAAUGAACGAUUGAGAUCGAUAACCGAUAUAGAUUUCUUCCUUAAAUAGGAUUAAAAAUAUUUUUGAGACAGAGCUCUAGAUAUAUUGUUAAAUUAACUGAUCAUCUUAUGUUUUAGAAAAUAAUUCUUUUAUGAAGAUAUUGGAAAAUGAAGCUGAUAGUUGGGAGUACUUAAUUAUUUAAUGUACUGAACUUGACAAAAAUUAUACAUGUAUUAAGAUAUAUGUAAGGCAGGGUGUUCCUAAAGUAAGUAGCAAGUCGAAACAUGCAAAUUUUUCAUGUUGAAAGAAAUUAAAAAAUACUUUACGCGUUUACGCAUUUUACACUAUCAACACUAAACAUUCUAAUACGUCAAGAAGAUUUGUAUUUCUUCUUUCAUUGUGAUAAUAGAUACAUAUUUAAAUUACCUACUUGGUUCAUUAUUAUGCGUGUACGAUUUGACAUACAUUUCAAUUACAUUAUUACAAUAACUGUAAUACUUCAUACAAUUUCACUUGAAUUAUAAUAUUUUAAAUGAACCUAAAUAUUUACACACAAUUACAGACACUGAGUGAAUAUGUAUGGUUCCUGCUCUGAUAAAACUUUUGUGACCAACAUGCAAUCUUCCAUAAUGUUGAGAAAAAUACAAAAUUAAGGUAAAUAGUAACUUGUACAGCAUAUUAAAAGACAUGAAAAGAAACACGAGCGAGAUGUGUACUGAACAAGCAAAUGCAACUAGAAAAUGAUACAAAAUGAAAGAAUUGGAGAAGAGCAAAUUAGCUAGAGUGUCACUGAAAAAUAUAGCAAUGUUGGUAGGAAGAAUCUGUGAUGGUAGAUAAACUGUCAAAUUUAUUUACUGUUCAUAACACUUAAUCGACGAGAAUUAACAUAUUGUUAAUUUACUUAUGGCAAAAAAAAUAUUUCCUUAAUCAUUCAGUUAAACGCAUACAUACAAGUUGUGUAUGCUACACAGAGAGAAUUGUAAAUCUUAACAAUAGAUUCUAUUUUUGUCUAAAAUCAUAGUUUUAUGUGUCCCACCGGUUAAGUGUUAAUGUUAAUAAUACUGGAGCAAGUACUGUAAUUUAAUCUGUUAACUGAGUCAUUUUUUCAACCAGAAGGAAGCUGCUUCUUGCAUAUGUAAUAAAAAGUGAAUAAAGAAAAAGUAAUUUAUUUUGUA